AUUAAAGGCCACCCGGACCGGAUUGCGGUCUCGCCGAAGCGCGCAGGGCUCAGCGCGGUGGAACGCGCUCCUCGUCCACCGGGUGCGGAGGGAUCCCCCGCGACCUGAGCAUUGCGACCCGGCGCUGAGCGACUUCAGCGAUGCGGGAGCGCAGGGGCUCUGGCCCCGGUUGGGGGCCCCUGCUGGCACUGGCGAUGGUGCUGACCGCGCUGCCAAGGGCGUGGGGCGCGGAGCACGAAGCGCACAGCGAGACUGAGGGCUUCCAAGUGGUCACCUUCAAGUGGCAUCACGUCCAGGACCCGUACAUCAUCGCGCUCUGGGUCCUCGUGGCCAGCCUGGCCAAGAUCGUUUUCCACUUGUCCCACAAGGUCACCAGCAUCAUCCCCGAGAGCGCACUGCUCAUCGUGCUGGGCCUGGUGCUGGGCGGCAUUGUCUGGGCAGCUGACCACAUCGCCUCCUUCACACUCACGCCCACCGUCUUCUUCUUCUACCUGCUGCCGCCCAUUGUGCUGGAUGCUGGCUACUUUAUGCCCAACCGGCUGUUCUUCAGCAACCUGGGCAGCAUCCUGUUGUAUGCCGUGGUCGGCACUGUGUGGAAUGCCGCCACCACUGGGCUGUCACUUUACGGUGUCUUCCUCAGUGGCAUCAUGGGUGACUUGAAGAUUGGCCUCCUCGACUUCCUGCUGUUUGGCAGCCUUAUCGCUGCCGUGGACCCUGUGGCGGUCCUGGCCGUGUUUGAGGAGGUGCAUGUCAAUGAGGUCCUGUUUAUCAUCGUCUUUGGGGAGUCACUGCUCAAUGAUGCCGUCACUGUGGUGCUGUACAACGUGUUCCAGUCUUUUGUGACACUGGGUGGUGACAAAGUGACUGGCGUGGACUGCGUGAAGGGCAUCGUGUCCUUCUUCGUGGUGAGCCUCGGGGGCACACUGGUGGGUGUCGUGUUUGCCUUCCUGCUGUCUCUGGUGACGCGUUUCACCAAGCAUGUGCGGGUCAUCGAGCCUGGCUUUGUCUUCAUCAUCUCCUACCUGAGCUACCUAACGUCCGAGAUGCUGUCCCUGUCAUCCAUCCUGGCCAUCACAUUCUGUGGCAUUUGCUGUCAGAAGUAUGUGAAGGCCAACAUCUCAGAGCAGUCGGCCACUACUGUGCGCUAUACCAUGAAGAUGCUGGCAAGCGGAGCUGAGACCAUCAUCUUCAUGUUCCUGGGCAUCUCUGCUGUGGACCCACUCAUCUGGACCUGGAACACAGCCUUCGUGCUUCUCACGCUGCUGUUUGUGUCGGUGUUUCGGGCCUUGGGUGUGGUACUGCAGACAUGGCUGCUGAACCGCUACCGCAUGGUACAGUUGGAGCUCAUCGACCAAGUGGUCAUGUCCUAUGGCGGCCUGCGUGGGGCUGUGGCCUUUGCUCUGGUCGCACUGCUGGAUGGGGACAAGGUCAAGGAGAAGAACCUGUUCGUCAGUACCACCAUUAUCGUUGUCUUCUUCACUGUCAUCUUCCAGGGCCUGACCAUCAAGCCGCUGGUACAGUGGCUGAAGGUGAAGCGGAGUGAGCACCGGGAACCCAAGCUGAAUGAGAAGCUGCACAGUCGGGCCUUUGACCACAUCCUCUCGGCCAUCGAGGACAUAUCCGGGCAGAUCGGGCACAACUACCUCAGAGAUAAGUGGUCCAACUUCGACAGGAGGUUCCUCAGCAAGCUGCUCAUGAGGCGGUCAGCCCAGAAGUCUCGGGAUCGGAUUCUGAACGUGUUCCAUGAGCUGAACCUGAAGGAUGCCAUCAGCUAUGUGACCGAGGGGGAGCGCCGCGGCUCCCUGGCCUUCAUCCGUUCCCCAAGCACAGACAACAUGGUCAACGUGGACUUCAGCACGCCACGCCCAUCCACCGUGGAGGCCUCCGUCUCCUACCUUCUGAGAGAGAGUGCCAGCGCCGUGUGCUUGGACAUGCAAUCACUGGAGCAGCGGCGUCGGAGUGUACGGGACGCUGAGGACAUGGUCACGCACCACACGCUGCAGCAGUACCUGUACAAGCCUCGGCAGCAGCACAAACACCUGUAUAGCCGGCACGUGCUGAGCCCCAAUGAGGACACACGGCAGGACAAAGAGAUCUUCCAGCGCACCAUGCGCAAGCGGCUAGAGUCCUUCAAGUCAGCCAAGUUGGGCCUUGUCCCUGGCAAAAAGGCAGCCAAGCUGCACAAGAGGGAGCGGGCACAGAAGCGGAGAAGCAGCAGCAUCCCCAACGGGAAGCUGCCCCUGGAUAGCCCUGCACACGGCCUCACCCUUAAGGAGAGAGAGCUGGAAAUUUCAGACCCCGAGGACGCCCCCGACUACAAAGCUGAGGGAAUAAGUGGGGGCAUCAAGUUCCUGGCCAGUGUCACCAAGGACACGACCUCUGACUCCCCCACAGGAAUUGAUAACCCUGUGUUCUCCCCGGACGAGAACCUGGCCCAUAGCCUCCUGGCCAGAAUGCCGCCUUGGCUGACUCCUGAGGAGGCCGUGGUGCCCUCCCAGAGGGCCCGUGUGCAGAUCCCCCACUCUCCAGGCAACUUCCGCCGCCUGGCACCCUUCCGGCUCAGCAACAAGUCUGUGGACUCAUUCCUGCUGGCUGACAGCCAGGACCAGUCCACACAUAUGUAACACACAUGUGACACUGGCUCCGACACGCCGCUGACGGGACACUCAUCCCCACGCCGCUGGCAGCCCAACGCCGAGAAGCCCCCUCUGCCCGCGCAGCUGCCGCGCCCUCUGGCCGCGAGCCCGACUCUGCCUGGGCCCGGUGACCCCGCGCCAUCCACCCGCGAGCCGGUGC